AAAAAAAUUCAGCAAUAGAUCAUAUUCUUUAAACAAGAAGAGUGACGUAUACAGUGUAGGUGUACUUUUGUGGGAGAUAUCAAGUGGUAAGCCACCUUUUUAUGUAGAAGGAGAAUCGUAUGAUUGUGGUUUAGCCUUCCAAAUUGUGCAAGGUCAUAGAGAAACUACUGUUCCUGAUACUCCCAUUGAAUAUGUUAAGCUUUAUACUGAAUGUUGGGACGACAAUCCAGAUAAUAGGCCAUCUAUUCAAGAAGUUGUU